AUGGCUCGGUGCAGGAGUUACUUACGGGGACUGGAUAUCUGCGUCACUGUCUUACUGUUGGUCUCAGGAGUGGUGAUGAUCAGUGUGGGCUUUUCUUCCACUGACAGUGACAAACCCGUCGCAAAGUUGUUGGAAAAGUUGUCCAGCAGUGAUGGGCUGCUGGUGCUGCAGGUGCUGGGACCCAUCACUGUGGUCCUCUCCCUCCUGGGUCUGUGUGCAGCUUCUUUAGACAUUAAGUCCCUGCUUCUCCUGUUCUCAGCUCUCACCUUUGUGGAGUUUGUGGCCCUGAUAGUGGUCGCCUCUCCUCUCAUACAGAUACAAGCCCAGAUGGACAGUGCAGUGGAGGACGUGUUUGUGAAUGUGACCCCACUACACAAGCAACAAACCUAUAUCAAACAGGAGCUGAGCAAACUUCAGGCAUCUGAAUCUUGUUGUGGUUUGAGGAGUUUUGAGGACUGGGGGGAGCAAUUCCCUGCUUCCUGUCUCUGCACAUCUCCCACUCGGUUUCCACAGAGCAACUUGGAGGUCUCCAAUGUCAGUUCUGUGGACUCAUGUGUGUUAGCUGUGAGGAUUCCACACUACAUCUGGGUUCAUUCUGAGCCCUGUGGCGCGAUACUGAAGAACUAUCUGACUUUCCCCAUCAAAGUCAGAAUAGGAAUUAUUUCUGCCGUUACCACCAUCACAAUAGCAGCGAUAGCCUUGUCUCUGGCUCUGGGUUUGGAGGAGCGCUGGAGAGGGUCUGCUGUGGAGAGCACAGUGGAUGACUACAACAGAGUGAAAUACCAACCUCAACCUUACUUCUCCUGA